AACAAUGACAACAAAUUCAAAAUGGCCUGAGAUUACAGAAAUGAUGAAGCACUUGCCUGGAGUAAAUGUUGCAGAUGCUCCAGAUGUUGUUGCACGUGUAUUUAAAAUGAAACUUGACCAGCUAAUCGACCUCAUAAAAAAGAAGCAUUUCUUUGGCCGUUGUAUUGGGUUGAUGCAUGUAAUUGAAUUCCAGAAGCGUGGGUUGCCACAUGCUCAUAUGUUGGUAUGGCUAGACGACAAAGACAAGCCUAAGACGGCUGAACAGAUUGACAAAUUAGUGAGUGCAGAAAUUCCAGAUGAAGAGUCAGAUCCUAUUUGUUAUCAGGCAGUGAAAAAUUAUAUGAUUCAUGGUCCGUGUGGGAAAGACACUUCUUACUCCCCAUGCAUGGUUAAUGAUAAAUGUGGACGUCACUUCCCAAAAAGGUUUAAUGGAGUAACAUGUUUCGAUGAAUGUGGGUUUCCUAAUUAUCGGCGUCGAGACACAGGCAAGACAGUUAAGAGGAAGGGUGUGCUUCUCAACAAUAGGUUUGUUGUCCCGUAUAAUAGGGAACUACUGCUUCGUUUCCAAUGCCAUAUAAACUUAGAGAUAUGCAAUAAUUCCCGCUCCUUGAAGUACCUGUUCAAAUAUUGUCUCAAAGGACAUGAUACUGCUACCAUGCUUCUAAAGCGAAAAAAUGAUAAAUCAAGUGCAGUUGAUUGUCAAGAACGAAAAGGAAAGAUUUUUGAUGAGGUUAGGCAUUAUCUUGAUGGGCGUUACGUUUCAGCUUCUGAAGCAGCUUGGAGAAUUUUAGGCUUUGGCAUUCAUUCUCGAUGGCCAUCUGUUGACCGAUUACCCAUCCAUUUGCCAGAUAGCAAGUAUGUUAGCUUCAAAACAGGAGAAUCUUUGCAGAAUGUUUGUCAUCGUGCUGAUUCUAAAAGAUCCAAACUGGAAGCUUGGUUCUUAGCAAACAAACUACUGCCGGAUGCUAAAAACUACACGUAUAAUGAAUUUCCGAGUUAUUUUACAUGGCUUCCCAAAGAGUGCAAGUGGAAGUAUAGACAGAGGGGUGAUGUAGUUGGGAGGCUGUCGGAGGUUCAUGCUACAGCCGGUGAUUUGCUCUAUCUCAGAAUGUUGCUGAUGCGGAAAAAGGGCUGUUUAGGAUUUGAGGACAUACGGACGGUCGAUGGUGUUGUGUAUGACACUUUUAAGGAGGCAUGUGGUGCUAUGGGUCUUUUACAAGACGACAACCAGUGGCAUGAGGCAUUGUCCGAAAACUCUCACUCAGCCUUCCCUCAUCAAUUACGUGAAAUGUUUGUGAAUAUUUUGGCACAUAAUACUGUUGCUGAUCCACUUUUAUUAUGGACUCGACACUGGAAAUGUAUGUCGGAAGAUAUUCUGAGGAAGCAAAGGAGCACAACUGGUAUCAAUGAUCUUGAACUACCCGAAGUUGACAUACAUAAUUACACUCUAGCAGAAAUUGAAAAAUUGUUUAAUGAUAUUGGAAAGAGUUUGAAAGAUUCCCAGACCUGCCUUUCCCAACAGAUACUACAGAAAUGCUGA